CUAAAAUCAAGAUCAGAAGCGUAAACACUUGUAUUACGUGAUCAAUUGUAAUUUUCAAGUCAAAAUAUAUAUGUUAACUGAAGAUAUUAUAAAUAAUUCUUUUUUUUUAAUUUUUCCUGCGCAUCAAAAUUGACUUAGACAAAUCCCUGGUAACACUGAUUAGACUAAUGAAUAGAUUUAGAUUUAGAUGGUUGGUUCAGGAUUUAUCCUGUCAUGUAAUUACCCUCUACACCAAGUUAUUUUUAAUCCAGUCAAACCAAGCUGCAAUCCAUGGAAUAUCAAAUAUAUAUAUUUUUAUUUUCAUAUAUAAAUAUAUAUGUAUACACGCCAAAUCCACAUUACCUAUUAAUUAUUCAUCAUUCAAAGGGUUGAACAUGACUCAUAUAACAUUUAUACAAGCAACAAUCAAAUUCCAUCUACUGCAUAGUUGAAAGUCUUGUAUAUGUUAUAUAUUAUAAUCCUCGCUGUUGUUCCAUUAGGCAACUAAAUACAACUUUUGGUUGUCCUACUCCGUUAUUUGGUUGUGGAGUCUUCUAAUUAAUCAAAGGGGGGACAUUUGCGGUUGCUGACGGCGAUAAAAACACAUAUAUAUGGAGAUUCCCGUUCUUCUUGUCGCCGCCUACCUCUUACUAUGGACCCUUUCAUUCUCCUCGACCCAAAGUUUGAAGCCAUGCAUUCAAAACUUUACUUCACUAAACCGAAGCAGUUUUCCGCCUGGUUUUCUAUUCGGAGCAGGAUCAAGUGCUUACCAAUCUGAAGGAGCAGCAUAUGUAGAAAACAGGAGAAGAAGUAUUUGGGAUACCUUUGUGAUUGAACAUCCAGAAAAAAUUACGGAUCAUAGCACUGGGGACAUAGCCGAUGGGUUCUAUUAUCUAUUUAAGGAGGAUGUUGUUCUGAUGAAAGAAAUUGGUUUGGACUCAUUCAAAUUCUCCAUUUCCUGGUCUAGAGUAUUGCCCUACGGAAAAAUCAGUGGUGGAGUGAAUUGGGAAGGCGUCAAAUUCUACAAUGCUCUGAUUGAUGAGCUCCGAUCAAAUGAUAUUGACCCCUUCAUCGUAUUGCUCCACCACGAUGUUCCACAGGCCCUGGAAGAUGAAUAUGGUGGAUUUUUGAGCCCUAAGAUUGUGAAUGAUUUUCGUAAUUAUGUGGACUUGUGUUUCCAAGAAUUUGGGGAUAGAGUAAAGCAUUGGAUCACUAUAAAUGAGCCAAAUUUAUUUAGUAGUUUUGGGUAUGCAAAAGGAAUAUUUGCACCUGGUCGUUGCUCCAACUACAUCGGAAAUUGCUCAGAAGGAAACUCUGCAAUUGAGCCUUACUUAGUAACCCACCACCUCAUUCUUUCUCAUGCAACUGCCGCAAAAUUAUACCGGAACAAGUAUCAGGGUUCUCAAAAGGGAAUAAUUGGGAUAACAGCAGACACCGUUUGGCAAGUACCUAAAUAUCAAACAGAUUCUAAUAGAAAAGCUGCCUCUAGAGCUCUUGAUUUUUAUAUUGGUUGGAUUCUUCAUCCAUUGACAUUUGGGGACUACCCAAAGACCAUGAGAAAAAUAGUUGGGAAUCGAUUGCCCAAUUUUACAGAUGAACAAUCUGUUUUGGUAAAAGGCUCCAUUGAUUUUCUCGGAGUAAAUUACUACACAACAGUGUAUGCAGAGGACAGUAAUUCUAGCAGCAUCCUCUUAAGUUACACAACAGAUAACCAUGUUGACAAUACAUUUGUGAAAAAUGGGAUUCCUAUUGGUGAACCGACAGAUGUUAGCUGGCUUUAUAUAAGCCCCAAAGGAAUUCGAGAAAUUGUACUGUAUAUACAGAAAAAAUACCACAAUCCUCCCAUCUACAUCACUGAGAAUGGAAUGGGAUAUGCAAAUAAUAGUUCAUUAUCAGUAGAAGAAGCUCUUCAGGAUAGCAAGAGGAUAAAAUACCACCAGCUUCAUCUUUCUUAUCUCCUACAAGCUAUCAAGAAGGGGGCUGAUGUUAGAGGAUAUUCUGUAUGGUCACUGCUUGAUGACUUCGAGUGGGCAUCAGGUUAUACUGAAAGGUUUGGCCUCACUUAUGUGGAUUACAAGAAGUUAAAGCGAUAUCUUAAAGAUUCUGCUUUGUGGUACAAAAAUUUUCUUCGAAAGGAGAAUACAACCACUCAACACCCUUUUUUGUCAUUCUCUAUGUAAUUGAAUGUGUUUGCUUGUCCAUCACCAUCUAACUUUUCUGCACAAGCAGAUCAAUAAUGCAUAUUAUUCAUCUUCCAAUUUAA